ACAGAGACCACUUCUCCUCGGAGGAAUUUCUCAGCUCCGAGUUUUCCGUAGCUAAUUUCCCUCCAGUUUCUAGCCAUGGCUUGCCGUCUCCCGUCGCUGCUUCGACCAUCAAGGCUCCAGCUUGCUUUUGCGCGUCUGAGCUUCGGACCUCGUUUUUAAGGCCAGUUGUGUCGUUCGUUCAAGCUAGGAAGCCCGCUCGCUCGCUCUCAGCCAAGGCGAGACGUUGCGAAGCGUCCUUGGAUAGGAAGCACAAUGUUCGGCGAAGGCUCAGCCGUGGAAGCUGAUACAGUUACGGCGACGAACAUCGCUUCAGAUGUGACUCAGCUCAUCGGCAGCACGCCCAUGGUGUACCUCAACAAGGUCGUCGACGGCUGCGUCGCCAACAUUGCAGCGAAGCUCGAGAUCAUGGAGCCAUGCUGCAGCGUCAAGGACAGAAUUGCGUACAGCAUGAUCAACGACGCGGAGGAACGAGGCCUCAUCGAGGCUGGCAAGAGCGUGCUGGUGGAGCCGACCUCGGGCAACACGGGCAUCGGGUUGGCGUUCAUUGCAGCGGCGAGGGGCUACAAGCUCGUCCUCACCAUGCCCGCCUCCAUGAGCCUCGAGCGCCGCGUGCUGCUGCAGGCGUUCGGCGCCGAGCUCGUUCUCACCGACCCCGCCAAGGGCAUGAAGGGCGCUGUGGCUAAGGCGGAGGAGAUUGUGGGGAAGACGGAAGGCGCGUACAUGCUGCAGCAGUUCGAGAACCCCGCGAAUCCCAAGGUCCACUUUGAAACGACCGGCCCUGAGAUCUGGGAGGACACCCGGGGCACGGUGGACUUCCUUAUCUCGGGCAUCGGCACGGGCGGCACUGUCACUGGCACGGGGCGGUACCUGCGCAGCAAGAACCCCAAUGUCAAGCUCAUUGGCGUGGAGCCCAAGGAGAGCCCUGUUCUCUCAGGUGGAAAGCCAGGGCCCCACAAGAUCCAGGGCAUUGGGGCUGGCUUUAUCCCGGGGGUGCUUGACGUUAGCAUUCUGGACGAGGUCAUUCAGGUCAGCAGCGACGACUCGGUUGAGAUGGCCAAGCAACUCGCUGUAAAGGAAGGGCUCCUGACGGGCAUAUCCUCUGGUGCUGCGGUGGUGGCAGCCAUUGAAGUUGCCAAAAGGCCCGAGAAUGCUGGCAAGCUAGUGGUGGUGGUUCUGCCCAGCUUUGGGGAGCGAUACCUGUCGUCAGUGCUCUUCUCUGACAUUAGAUCCAAGGCCGAGGCAAUGACCCCUGAGGUGUAGAUUGACCGCUCCAGACGCAUUGAUGUAGCAAGCGGCACAUGAAUCUAUGCGCUGUGCAAUGUAGAGGAAUCUAAACGAUUUAGAGAGGUGUUGUAUUCGGGGGACACCUCGCCUGGUCCUUACAAAAGGUGGAGGUACAUGCUUCAAUUCAACAUCGAGGGGGGGGGAGGGGGGAAAGCCUGUAAUGGUAAGAACUUUAGUUUACCCUCCUUCCUUGGCGGCAUACGAAGUACU